AUGUCCAUGCUGCGCUCGAAGAACUUCACCUUCUACUACAUGCACAAGCAGGCUAAGAUGGAGUUGCCUCCUUUCGAUGCAGUUGGUGGCGCAGACGUCCCGACCUUCACAUGUCCUCUAGAUGUAUGUGUAUGUGAAGGCUGCAACGGCAAACUCAUCUUCCACCUCUCUGUGGAGGCUGUGCUCUAUGACCUCGGCGGCCCGGCGGAGAUCUACCACGAGCAAAAAAAUUGCACUGCUCGGAAUUGCCGAGCAUCAUAUGGCUACAACUACCGCUGGGAAGACGGCCAGAAGAUCAACGCGCUGAAGACAGAGGAGUUUGAGGAUGGUGUCCUUUUCGUGAACUCAAAGAAGGCAUUCUCCUUGAAAUACCUGCAGUACCAUGAGGAGCUGCUCUUCUGUGGUCAUUUGUCUCAUGCAGCGGUCUCGCAUGCAUACCAGACUGUCCACGCAGAGUCCGAUGCGGAAGUUGUGGGGCGCUUCCACAAGCUCCACGCCACUGCCCUGUUCUACCACAUGGCGGUUCGUGACUUUGGGUGCUUGGGUCUUCACAAAGAGAUCAUCAUCGAUGACGAAGUCAGUGAUCAACAUUUUGACCUAUAUGAAGCGUUUUGCCAUAGCUCCGUCUUCCCGCCCACGAAGCGCAACCAAGUCAAAGCUUUGGUCAUGGAUGGUAACCAGAAGCUCAAGAUGCAAUGCUCCGAAGCUCCGAUGAAGCGCGGUGGCCGCCCUAGGAGGUCCAAGGACACAGUCGGCACCUACACGAAUGGGUGGAUGCUCGCAUGCGACCCGGGAUCCGGUCGCAUCUUGAGUCUUCAGUCAAUGCAUGAGCCUGAGAAUAACGAGGUUGCGGGGCAAUGCGUCGAGAAAGUUGUCUGGCUCUACCCUAAGAUGGAUUGCAUCAUCUACGAUCGACCCUGCUCCUUCAAGUCCUUUGGUGAGACCAUGCCGGCCCUCGAACAGGAGGGCCUUGUCCAGUAA